AUGGCCUCGCUGCAGGAAAAGCUCAACAAGAUCAAAUCGCCCAAGCUGCAAAACCAGCACCAUACUUCGGUGGUCCUCUCAGCCGUCGAAGAUACACUCCGCGACCAACAUGCUGACUUCACCGCAACCGCAUACUUCGCCGCCCUCCUCGCCCUCCUCGGCCAGGCCGUAUCCUCAACCGAAGGCAUCGUAAACAAGGAGCUCGCAACUUCUAUAGUCUACCUCCUCGACACAGUCGCCCCCUUCGUCCCCACCGCUCUUCUCGUCUCCAAGUUCUCCCAGAUCCUCACCAGCCUUGCGCCCGCCCUCACACUCCCUGAAGCCGAAGCCCCACUGCUAAAGUCGUCCGUGGGAUGUUUGCAGUCGCUACUGGUCGCCCAGGAUGCGGCCGCAUGGGCUCUACCAUCCACACAGAUAGGCCCACGCAGAGCUAUGGCUGGCCUAAUGACACUGGCGGUAGACCACAGACCCAAGGUGCGCAAGCGGGUGCACGAUGCCUUAGUACAUGUGUUAAGGAAUCCCCCACCAAGCCCGUCGCUGGACCAUCCCGCGGCGGAUAUGUGUGCGGAAACAGCGCUGCAUACGCUGGGCGAGAGUGUCGCCGCCGCGGCGAAGGCGAAAAAGGGCCGACAUGGCCAGCAGCAGACAAGCCAGCAUGAGCCAAUGGUCAUCCAUGCCGUGCACUUGGUGAAGACCAUUGCAACCGCUCCGGGCGGGUGGCCGACAAAGAAGAUCGAGCCGCUGUGCGAGCUGCUGAUGAACGUGUCGAAAUCGUCCAACGAGUACCUGACCAUGGCUGCAUUUGAGGUCUUCGAGAUUAUAUUCGAAGGCAUGGCGGAUGAGUUCUCGUCGUCCAAACUGCCACGGCUUAUGGAGGCGAUUUCGGAAUUGAAGCCUGCACAGAAUGAUUUGCAAUUGCUGCCCCCGUGGAUUGCUGUUCUUUCCAGGGGUUACGACGUAUCAGCACAGGUGAACCCUGAGGAGACGUUUGAGAAUCUCCCCCAUCUUUUUGACCUCAUCUCGCCCUUCCUUGCGUCUUCGUCUCGGAAUAUUAGGGUGUCGGCCUCUGAGUGUCUCAUCUCAUUUCUAGUCAAUUGCAUUCCGGACACAGUCGUUCUCGAACCCUCGGUAUAUGAUGAAAAGGUGUUUGAGAAACUGGCCAAAAUAUGCAUUGGACUACUCUCCAUCAAGUACCAGGCUGCAUGGAUGGAGGUAUUCAACGUGCUCGCCGCAAUGUUCGAUGCAUUGAAGUGGAGGGCAUUCCCUGUCCUGACUGAUAUUGUCCGGAUAAUCGGGGAGCUACGGGGGAAUGAAUCGUUCGCCAGCAAGAAACAAGCUGACCAAGUUCUCGGGUCUGCAAUUGCGGCCAUGGGUCCAGAGGCAGUAUUGGGGGUGUUGCCGCUGAAUAUCGCACAUCAAACCGCCGGCCAACCAGGCCGAGUCUGGCUUCUGCCCAUCCUCAGGGACCAUGUGUCAAACACACGCCUGUCAUUUUUCCGCUCAGAAUUCGUGCCACUCAGCGAGGCGCUGUUCCAGCGCGUUCUCGAGUACGGCAACGCCGAGAAAACGGUCGAAGUGAAAAUCUUCGAGACCCUCGUCCAGCAGACUUGGGCGAUUUUGCCGGGAUUCUGCGAACUGCCACUAGAUCUUACAGAGUCCUUUGACCAAAGCUUUGCCGAGUUGCUUUCAAAUGUACUGUACAAGCAAACAGAGCUACGUGUGGAUGUGUGCAAAGCGUUACAGAACCUUGUGGAAUCAAACCAAGCGAUUACCUCGUUGGAUACCGAGCAGGACGACCUGGUCCUUCAGCGACGGAUUGCGAAGGCAGAUGCGAUGAAAAAUAUAGCCCAUCUCGCUAGCUUUUCUAGUAAUAUCCUGGCUGUGCUGUUCAAUGUCUACAGUCAGACACUUCCUCAGUUCAGGGGUUUCCUGCUUCGAUGCAUCAAUGCAUAUUUAAGCAUUACAGGUGAACAGGAACUAAUUGAAACCUUCACGCGCGUCACUACGAUGCUCGAGGGCACCCUUGCCCUACCGGAACCCGCAGAGCAGAAGCAACCGAAAGGGCCCGGCGACAAAAUCCCCCCAACCUCUCACACUCUAAUGGAUCUCGUGGUCACAAUAUCGAUAUAUCUGCCACGAUCAAGUUUCGCCACUCUAUUCUCGCUUGCCGCUGCCGUUCUCCAGAAAAAAUCCUCCGACACCCAGUUAAUCAAGAAAGCAUACAAGCUCAUUCCGCGCCUCGCUACGACCGAGAACGGCGCCGCGUCGCUCCGCGAGCGCAGCCCUGAACUGCAAUCUCUCAUCCUCGCAACAGCAGACCAAACACCCGCUCCGGCCCGUCGUGACCGGCUGCUCGCGAUCCAUGAAAUAGUCAGCUACCUCCCAACCUCACAUCUACAUUUCAUCCCCUCAGUGCUGCCCGAAGUGGUACUAGGAUGCAAGGAGAGUAACGAAAAGGCGCGCACGGCCGCAUUCUCCUUGCUCAUCCACCUCGCCCAGCGCACCAUAGACCCGGACCUCAACCCGGUUGGCACAGUGAUCCGCAACUCGCUCGUGCCACACAUGCCAGAUACAGCCCCAGACGCCCCUGCCACGAUCGAAGAGUUCUCCACCAUGGUCUCCGCCGGCCUCGCAGGCAGUUCCCCACACAUGGUCGCCGCCUCAGUAACCGCAUUGUCCAGGCUCCUCUUCGAAUUCCACUCGAAGCUACCCCCAGCUAUGCUAUCCGAUCUCGUGCAGACCAUCGAUAUCUUCCUGACAAGCAACAAUCGCGAGAUAGUCCGGAGCGUGCUGGGCUUCGUCAAAGUUGCUGUCGUCGCCUUACCGGAAGACAUGCUCCGGCCACGUCUCGACUCGCUCGUCCCCAACCUCCUGGUCUGGAGCAAGGAGCACAAGGGCCGCCUGAAGAGUAAGGUAAAAGGGAUCCUGGAGCGGCUAAUCCGGCGCUUCGGCUCGCCGCUCCUCGAGGGACUAGUCGGCGAAGCCGAUCGGAAAUUCGUCGUCGCGAUCCGCAAAGAACGCGAGCGGCGCAAGCGCAAGAAGACGCAGGCCAAGGGCGGCGAGGGCAGGGACGGAGAAGGAGAAGGAGACGAGCGAGGCGGAGACGCCGGCAGCGCGCGGAAAGGCGCAACGACGACACCCGGCCACCGCGACCACCAACCACCCCGAGGCGGCGAGAAGUCCUUCAGCAACGAAUUCGACAAAGCCGUCUACGGCUCCGACAUGUCGGAGUCGGACUCGGCCUUCGCGACGACAGACUCCGACGACGCGAGCGAAAUUGACGUCGACGCGCAGGGCAACAUGCACGUCUCGUCCCAUAAAUCCAGCGCUGCUGCUAGCCGCAAGCAGCAGCAGCAGCAACGAGGCGGAGGAGGACGACAGAAACCCAGCCGACCAGGCCCACAGUCGCAAACGCAGUACAUCCGCGAGCUCUCGCCGGAAUCAAACCCGCUCGAUCUCCUCGCGCCAGAUGCGCUCGCGAGCAUCUCGACGACGAAGCCAUCCGUGCGCUUCCUGGCGACAAAGACGCGGAAGCGAGCUGCACGCGUCAAUGCGGAUGGGAAGUUGUUGUUGGGGUUGAACGAGGACGGCGGUGGGGAUGGGGAUGGGGAUGUUGGUAUGGCUGGCGGCGGCGACGGCGGCGGCAGCGAAAGAGCUGGCGCUGGAGAAACCGAGGGUGCCGAUGGAGUCAACGCAUAUUUGUCUGCGGUUAAUGGGCCGGAUGCUGUGCGGAGGGGUCAGCGGGGCCGACUGAAGGGGAUAUCUGGGAGUAUAUAUAUGAGGUAG